GAACGAUGAUUGGUUAUUCUUCGUUCCCUGGAAACGGCUCCUGGAGACGCGGCAGAAAGCUGUGGUCACCUUUGUAGUUGGAGGCUGUCAAGGGACCGGUCCGCGCCUGUGAACUCAGACUGAAAAACAUGGCCACUUUGAGUGUAAAGCCUGGAAGCCGCUUCUCAGUCCCAGACUGGCAUACCAACAACUUGCUCAUUUCAACCAACGCUCAGAGACAGCAAUCAGCUUCCCAUCAGAUUCGUCAGGAGGCCAGAACUCUACGAAAUGAGACCAACAACCAGACUAAAUGGGAUGAGGAGGAUAACCGUACACGACUUGCUGAUCGUAUUGACGAAGUAGAAAACUGGAAACUGCUGUUGGACAAGUGUCUGUCUGAAGUAGAUGCUGAAAUCGACGCCUUGACACUGAUGAAAGAUGAAGCAGAACGCGCCUUGCAGGCUAAGAAUGUCCCAUCAGAUGUGGCUAUAGAAUGUCUGACCCUCCGUGAGAGCCACCGAGGUAUUGACCUGGUGAAAGACCCGGUGGAGGAUGAACUGCACAAAGAAGUGGAGGUGAUCGAAGGUGUUCGAAAAGCACUACAACAGAAGAUCAGUGAGGCUUUUGAACAACUCUGUCUACUACAGGAAUCACGUCAACAGCUAAACUGGGACCAUAGAGGCAAAAUGGAAACAUUGGAUAUAGACCGAACAUGCCUCUCACUUACCAAAAAUUCUCCAAAUAUAUCGCUGAAAGUGGACCAAACCCGGGUACCUUAUGGGUCAACCACUCCCCAGGAAUGGGAACAAUUCAGCCGUUACAACAAGGAGAGAGCAGAAGCUGAGCUCCGAUCCUCUGCACAGUUGAGAGAAGCCAUUGCUUUGACAAUUGCACAGACUAAUAAUGAGCUGGAAGCCCAGAGACUGGCUGUGGAGUUUGCCUUCAGGAAAAGGGUCCAUGAAUUUGAAAAAGCUCACAGUGAACUCAAGUGGCAGGAGAAGAAUACCAAAGAUGAGAUUGAGGAACUGGAGGAAGAUAUAAGACGUUUAGAAGCAGAUUUGAGAGACAAGAGCGGGCCUUUAAAAUUGGCCCACACGCGACUCGAGACCCGUACAUACAGACCAAACAUAGAUCUUUGUAGGGACCAGGUGCAGUAUGGGUUGACAGAUGAAGUCCACCAGCUGGAGGGCACUAUUGCUGCUCUGAAGCAAAAACUGGCUCAGUCACAGGACGCCUUGGAUGCACUUUACAAACAUCUUGCCCGUAUUGAAGCUGACAUAAAGUGUAAAGAAAAUUCUUUGACUCUGGACAAGAAAUGUGUAGACAGCCGCCGAAAGCUCACCCUUCCUGCUGGGCAGUAUGUUGCGGCAGUGGACACCUUUAACCGCACCACCAACCGCCACCUUUCCCCCCUGAAAAGUCGUCAGCUAGAGCUGGCCUAAAUUAUUCUGAAGGAAUUAGUUGUUUUAAUGAAUGUCUUCUCUUGUGUGGUUCACAUGCAGAAUAAACCAUUAAUACAUUGAUGUAGUAAUAAACCAGUCAU